CAUGAAUUAUAUGUGGGCAGAGAAAGAGAAGAGUUGCUGGUCAUAAGUAGUUUAGGAAGUUUGGUUUUUAUAACAGAGUAUCACUUGAAGGAGGUCAGAAGAAUCAGGUGCACUAUUAAGUACUUCCAAGUUGGCACCAGCAAGGCAAUUGUUUUUCAUGAUUAAUCUCUAUUGAUGAUAUUAUUAGUUAACUCAUUGGAUACUGAACUGAAUGGCUCAUAUAUUAAAGUCUAUAGGAUUGAGAGAAUUCAGUAGUCAACGGGGUAACCUCUAGAUUACCAGGUGGUCUGCUGACUCCUCACAAUUAGCAUGAAAUCCUAAUUGAGUAAAUCCACUAGUUUGUUCUGUUUUGAGAAUAACACAAUUCCCUCGAUUGUCAGGAGAAAAGUAGUCAAAGUAGUUGUUAUUUUAUAAUCAUUGUUUACAUGCUUUUAUCUUGUACAGUGUAUACUUCUCAGCCUUAUUAAUACACAUUAUUAUUCAGGAUAUAACUAUGAGAGAAUUAUUCAAUCAGAGAAAGAAUAGCAUUAAUACUGUCACAAUGAUCAAGAUUAUGUCUUAUUAUUAAAUAGACUUGUUUUUUUCCUCAAACUUUCCAUUAUAUUGUAAAUCAUUCAGUGUACCAGAUUUUUCUGUAAACCAUGUGUGAACAAACUAUGACCCAGGCUUACAUUGAUGUAUGUUGGAAGAAACCAAUCGCUAAGUUGAACUUUUGUGCACUUGAGCUGAGCAAGACACCUCUAUAAAGAGCUGAUAAUAGAUCCCUGUUGCUAUCCAGCUGUGUGUUUUCCAAGCAUUGACAUGGUAUUCUUGGAUAAGCUUCCAUUGUGAAGGAGUAUUCCUACUGAGUACAGGAGAAAGCUAAUGAGGAGAGGUGAAUGUUUUCAGACCUAUGCAGUUGUCAGUCAUCAAGUACCAAGUUUUCAAAGACACUGCUAGAAGAUUGAGAUACCAGACCAACUGCAGACAUCUAUUACCAUGGCAACGAUGGAAGGCCUUCUGCCUGGGCCAUCAUCAUCAUCUUCAUCCUCAUCGUCCUUAGGAGCUAAACGCAAGCUACCAGUGGAGUGGGAGCUGAGAGAUAGAACAGAGCCAGGAGCAUUGGAUUUUGAUAAAGACAUGAACAUCCUAUGUCAGGUAUGCGGAGACAAGGCAUCAGGCUUUCACUAUGGAGUACAUUCAUGCGAAGGCUGCAAGGGUUUCUUCCGCAGAACUGUCCAGCACAACCUAACCUACCGCCCCUGUCCGAAUGGAGGAAAGUGUGUGAUACAGAGGAAGAAUAGGAACCAAUGUCAAUCAUGUCGACUCAGGAAGUGCAUCCUUAUGGGCAUGUCCAAAAAUGCUGUUCGUUUUGGAAGGAUGUCCAAACGAGAGAAGAUGAAACUGACUCAGGUGAUGAAGGAGAUAUCAAACAAGAGCAAUGAUAUCACUGUCAGGGAUGAUAAACCCCUUGACCUGAGCCGACCUCCGAGCCAAGAAGCUAUGGUUGCUAGCGAGGAUGGGCCCCUAGCAACCACAGAGUCUCAGCAGUGUGCAAUAUCAGACGUUGUAGAACGAGAUGUAAAGGGCAGCUUGGAGGAUAUGAAAGAUGUGGGGAGGGAGCCCAGUAAAAGUAAUGACAGAGUGCAGUGUAAACCUGAUUGGUCAUCAUCUAAGACAAGCAUAAAAGAUGUUGCAGAAGUGAAACACAAUGGUAGAUGGGGUGAGUGCAAUGGAAGGAAUGGUUCUAGUUUUGGGAAGGGUGUGCAAGACAUUCAUAUUAAUGAGAAAAAGACAAGCAUCCAGGAUUUGCUUCUGACCCAGUACUGUAGCGGUCAAAUGAAUGGCUACAUCCCAAACAAUGGACUUAAUGGCAUGCAGGGUGGUGUCCAGCGAAGCAUCAAGGUUGAGAGAGACAUUCAAAAUGAUUGCCAUGGUUACCCAGCACAUCAUCCUCACCUUACUGAAAGGAUUUCAUCAGUUAUCAAGAAGGAAGAGCAAACUCCUACUUAUCAUGACUUUGAUCACAUGACAUCAGACAAGAAGCAAUAUCUCUUGCCUCGACGUAAGCAGAUUGCACGCUUACAUCACGAUGAAGAAGUGAGAAGAAACCACCAGAAUCUUACCAACGGUUACCAUGGGAAUCCGUAUCCCAAUCCACAUUUUCAUCAGAUGCCAGAGAAGUUGCAGAAUAUGAAUCUUGGGAGUAUUAAAUCUCCACCCAUGAAUGGACUGUAUGACAAUGGUGUUCAUCACAGCUUUGAAGCCAGGUUAAGCAAUACCAAGCCACACUUAGACCUGAAGAAUGGCUACAACCAUUCCAAGGUACAGAACUCUGGAGUCAAUCCAUAUCAGAAUGGAAGGAUACCCAACGGCUGCAGCACGGAUACCACCAGACUGUCCUACCACCCUGAGGCCACUCACAGGAACAGACUAAGAGCUCCUAGACUCCUCGGCGGAGGGCAUAAUCCUCACAUGCUUCAUGUCCUGCAAGGUAUGGGUCUGGUAGACUCCUUGAGCAAGGCCUACUGUACAGAGAUUGAUGCUCAGUUCUCAAGUCUAGAAGAGAUCCUUAGAGUGGCCAUCAAGAAACAUCUACGCAGUGAACAGCAUCUACAUGCAGCUGAUGGCAAAGAGACGCACGGUUCCACUGGUUUAUGCGGACUACCCUUGGAGUUAUCAGUAGGAGACAAAGAGGAUGCAUUCUGUGAUCGGUUCGCACCUAUCAUCAGCCGGAUUGUGAGCUUUGCCAAAGCUACAGAAGGCUUUGAAGACAUCCCGCAUGAAGACCAGCUGACACUGUUAAAGGCCGGCUGUUUUGAAGUGCUGCUCCUACAGCUGAGUCAAAUCCUGGACCCAGAGAGUGACUUCAUUGUGUUCACUAAUGGCGAGAAGUUUCACAGAGGUCUUCUCCAAAAGUCAGAUGUUGGAGAUUUAGUCCUUGCAUUGUCCAAGAUAGCCUCACAACUCAACCAGCUUAACCUAUCUCUGCCAGAGAGGGCGCUGUUACAAGCUUCUAUAUUAGUAGCAUCAGAUCGUAAAGGUAUCCAGAGCGUGGAUGAGGUCCGCAGCCUCCAGACACACCUUCUGGGUGUCCUAGAGAAGUUCCUCUAUGCUACACAUGCUCCUGAUGCUCUCGUGUUCCACAAGUGUCUACAGGUAGUCCUAGAUCUAAGGGUUCUUAACCUCAAGUACUCAGAGAAGCUCCUGGCCCACCAAAAGGACUAGCCUAGUCAUGUUCCUGGACAACCAUAUAGAUCUGACUGGUCUUGGCCCAUCAAAUAGACUAGCCUAGGCAUGCUCGUGGUCAACCAUAUAGAUCUGACUGGUCUUGUUCUUGCCCACCGGAUAGACUAGACUAGUCUUGUCUUACCUUUGGUCUGUCCAAAUGACUAGUCUGUUAUUGAAGUAGAUGUGCAUAUGAAUCAGGAACAAAGUAAACUCUGUAUUUAUUUCUCUGUGUGGUUUCAUAGACUGCUAUACUACAAGGAGGUUCUUUUUCCACCUUGUCAUAUGAAUAACACUACGGUAAUCUACUGAUGAAUACUACAAACAUACUAUUAUACUCAAUUUUACAAUGACUGCCAAGUAUAUGAAACUUUCUUGCCCACCUAAUGUAUUUUUAACUCAUUGGAAAUACAACUUUCUCAUUCUAAAGUAGCUAUUUACUUCCCAAGUAUUUGAACCCAUUUUAUAUAUACAACUCUAUUACAUUGGCCAUAUUUAAGGAUUUUAUUGCCGGCCAGAUAAGGUUAUAUCUUCAUUUAAGUUUAUUUAUUGAGAAAAUCACAUCCUUUAUGAGAAGACUUAACAUGUAUCUGGAUCCUAGGCUUAUAAAGAGAAAAGCAAGCUUUUUACCAAUGGUUCCUCAAAUGUAGCAAGAUAUGUUUGAUUUUUAAUGUUUAAAUCCCAAGUUUCAGUUUGCCAUUGUGCACUAAUUUCCACCGAUCUGUAGUAUCUGCUACCUAAAUGUAAAAUGCCUUAUAAAGGUAGUUGACAUACCAAAGAUAAUAAUUUGCCUUUUGUGCUUACUUUGUAGAACAACAUGGUUAUGAAUCAGUGUUUUCUAAAAUAGUAUUCCAAAAAUGAAUGACAAAUGCUAAUGAUAAAUGCGGUUGAAAUUAAUUAAUUUUUGUAUCUUUCUUUUGUGAUGUGGAAGUUCCAUUGAAGUGUAUCAUAUUUUUAGUUUGAUCUGUUUGUUUAAAAAACUAUAUGAAAAGUAUUUGAUAUAUUUCAUAAUGUGCUUACCCUUAAGCUGCCAAAAAUACCCUAUGCUGCCUGUGAACAUGUGCUGCUCAAAUAUUUUGUCUGCUCUAAGUCUGUGCAGUUUCAAAGAUAGUGUCAUUUACUUUCGUCAAUUUGCUUUCAGUUGUAAAGGCAGAGAUGAAAACCAAGUCUAAAAUG